UUUCUAGACUGUUUGGUCUCGUAGACACCAUUAAAAAUUCAUUCUUUUAUUGUCGUGUGAUGCUUCAUAAUAUUGUAGAGAACUUGUGUGUUUACUUGUGGUGAGUAAUUUAUAGGCAAGCAGGACGAAAGAGAACACGAUGAAGAGGGAGCUCUUCAAUGCUUUGGAAAGAGAUGAUUUUGAUACCGUUAAAAGUUUAUUUGCCCAGGAUUUUCGUGUUCUGCUUGACGUCACUUUCCAAGGAGAUACUCCUCUGCAUAUUGCGGCGCGGCAAGGGCAUCAAGAUAUUGCUGGGUGGAUUCUUAAAGAGAAACCCUCUUUCGCUGGAGCUCGAAACAAUGAUAACUGUAGGCCACUUCACGAAGCUGCUAAAUGCGGUAAUGCAGACCUAGUCAAAAUUCUCCUCCAACAGAAAAAGAGUUGUGCCUUCCAUUAUAAUAAGUUUGGAGAGACACCUCUGGUAAUAGCUUGCAAGUAUGGCCACAAGGAAACAGUCGAGCUUUUGUUGCAAGCCAACUCAAAUAAAAAUGCAAUCGGAUGGUAUCGAUCUAUUAGAGAGGCAGCUUACAGGGAAUAUACAGGUGCAACCUCCCAUCUGCAUGCAGCCGUGAAUGGACGAAAUCCUGAAAUUGUAAAAGCAAUACUUGAUGAUAGUGCCUGGCAUAGUGACUUAAUGACAAAAAAGGAUAAGUAUGGAAGGUGCGCAGUUCAUGUAGCAGCCAUGAAAGGUCUUUCGGACAUAAUCGCUGAAUUUAUGUUUAGAAUGCCUGACUGUCUCGAAAUCCGCGCUUGGGAUCAGAAAUCUGUUCUACACAUUGCCGUGGAAUAUAAUCAAACUGAGAUAGUAAGGAUCAUAUUAGCAAACAAAGGGGAAGAAAGAGUGAAGGAAUUGGUGAUCCGCGACCACGACGUUUUUCACAACACAGCUUUACAUUUGGCUGCAAAAAAUGGAGUCGAUCUCCAGCUAUUGGAACUUCUCCUCCCAUUUCCAGGGGUGGACGUGAAUGCCCUGAACGAUGAAGGCAUGAGUGCCGUUGACAUAGCUUCAGCAACAGCUCAACACGACACCAAUUGUGCCAUCAUCGUAGGGAAACUGGUACAUGCAGGAGCUAUUCAGUCGAGUGUCAUACCAAAACCUACUACUACUUGUGCUCCAUGUUAUGGUUCGAUCCGGAGGAAAGAGAGAGAUAGCGUUGAUCUACACAUGGUAGUGGCAUCACUGAUUGCUACCGUCACAUUUGCAGCCAUUUUUCAAGUUCCGGGGGGAAUUGAGGAUAACAGAGGUAGCAUUCAGUAUGGAGGUGCGAGGAUGGCACAUCAUAAACUUUUCAAAUUGUUCAUAUUAUCUGACACUGCGGCCUUGACUACUUCGCUAAUAGUGGUGGUCGCCUGGUUACUCCGACAACAAUUGCCAGACUGGUUCCCUUUCGUGGUGUCCCAUCUGUCCGAGGUGAGUUUGCCAGUCUCAAUCGUGUGGACUAUAGUAGCAUUCACGAGCGCCACAAUUAUCAUCAUAAUACCUCGUAAUAUUGAGAUUCUAAAAAUCAAGAACAAGAAAGCUUUCUUGAAAUAUAAUUCGCUUUUGCAAUACGAUGUCUUUCUUGCAUCCAUUCCACCACUUUAUGUUUUGUCAAUGUUUUUGGCUACGAUGGCUCAAAUUAUUAUGAGCAGGAAAUUCAACAGUUUCAGCAGGGCGAAAGUUAUAAUCAGCAUCUCCGUUCAAUUGUGUAUAGUCACGAUCUUUAUUAUUUACGCUACUCUUAUAUGAGCAAUUAUAGGAGACGACUGUAUUUUAAAAAUAACGAUUCAGUCUCUUUAUUUGGAGACAUAUGCACAUCGUAUGAAGUUCCACAUAUGUAAUUCCAGAGUUCAGUUUUAUAUUUAUUUAGACGCAGGUUGUUUAUGA